CUUCUCCCAGCAACUCAACAACAACGAGCCCUGGAACAUGCCCUCAGGGUAUGCGAGCAUUGUGUAUGACGAUCGAAAUACAGCAUGGUGGAGGCUAUAUGUAGGCCAAUGCUCCUCAACAUGGAGACGAAUUGUAUGUCAGCAUGCUCAACAAAUUAUGAAAGGAUCAACAUCAAGCCUCUUCUACUUCAGCUUGUGGAUAGGGAAUGGUCACCGAUAUGCCAGGUUUAUCAAGCUUUGGGGUUUCCCUAAGGACACUGUGAAUGAUGUGUGGUAUCAAGCCUGCAGUAAUCUACUUGAAGCCCUUUUCUGCAAAGCUUUCCGGACCCACCAUGGGAUGUUAAAUCGACUGAGCUCAGAACACUGGGCUAAUGGCGAAUCUUCAACCUCUGGCUUGGGAUGGGGCCUUAAUAUAAUGUCACCACUUGUACAGGGUAAUGCAGCCUUGACUAAGGAACUUCGGACUAAGGCAAAUAUUGGUCCCAGCAAGGCACCGGACCCACAAAUACAGCACUGGGCAGUUUUCAACUCACGACAGAAGUCAGCUACUGCAAAACAGAGAGAUAUGAAGGGAAGCAAUCGGGCCAUAUUCCACAUCGAUUUUGACAAGGCAUUGCAACUUGCCCUAGACAAUGAUGAAGGCAUCUUCAAGAUGGUCAAAGAUUCGCUUCAGCUAGAACAAGAAAAACUUGAGACCAGUGAAGAUUUGGCUCAUAUACCGUUUUGUGGUAGUUUAACCUCGGAGGUCGCUGCGAUCCUUGACUAUGCUGCUGUUUCUGGGGCAAGUGAUAUGCCCAUGAGGAUUAGUAGUGAUGAUGACAGUAACCAGCAGACACUUGAUAUUCCAUGGUCACUGGAUGGAUGCGGAUUCACUGCAAAAAAUAUCCUCAUCUGGACCUGUGACUUUAAAAAUUUUGCAAGUAUAGGUCUUAGGCAUCUCGGUCAUGAUAUCCUGACAGAACCUAUUACCAGAAAAUUCCAUGAAACUGUUCUUGCAACCAGCCUAGCUAAGAUUGUUUUCCUAUGCGGUCCUCAAUCUGAAAAGCUUAUACGAGCUAUUGUGGCGCCUUCGCGACAUACCCUUUCUUUACGUGGAUUUAACUAUCCACUCUAUCGCGAUACUGUCCGGAAUCGUCUUUUUAUCUGCUGCCCUCCUCUACCCGCAGAGAUCUGGUCUGUUAGCGCAAUUCAUAGUAUCAAGAUAAGCGAGGCUCUUAGAUUUGCAGUGAACUUCAUCCCAUCGCUAAAACAUGAUAUCAGGCCGUUCUUCUGUGAGAACAGCAGUAUUGUCGGCUAUAUCUUGCGACACGCAAGGAAGGAAAGACUCGGCGGAGAAGCUCUAACUGCUGAUACUGUGGAUGAGGGUGUCCAGCUCUGGCUAGCCAGAAAAAACAUGGCCAAACUUGAAGACAUAAGAGAAAUUGAGAGAAUUGGUGGCUCACUUACUCGUGGUCUUUUAAUGGUCUUUGAAUUUUCUUCCAAGAAGACCAAAAAGUGAUGGGGACAAACCCAAAGAAAGUUCGCAUCCUAGUCGAAGAGUCACUGAAAGAGUGAGAGUUCACGAGCCUUUCAACGUGGAACAAUAUCAGGAAAUGGGAGACUUCGUUCACAAGCGUCUGUGCGAGCGCGAAACAAAUUAUGAGGGCCAAUUGUCUCAACUGCAUGCUGAGUCAUCACGAUCUCGAGACGAGACAAGGCACUCUAUCAACACUGACAAAGGAGGAGAUGAUGUGCCAUCCGCUGAUCCAGAGUCUAUCACAGCAUUGAAAUGCUUUUCGCAGCUACAGGGUCAAGAGUCUCAGGCGGAUGCAGCAGGAAGGCAAAGUCCAGCUGAGACAGAGAAUGG